AAAAUGAGUUUGUUAUGAAUAAUACAUUAGGAACCAGGCAUGGUGGUGCAUUCCUUUAAUCCCAGAAGAGACAGGUAGAUCUCUAUUGAGUUCUACAGAAUAAAACCUAACUCAAAUCUUGGUUUAUAUGCACAGUGCCUAUGCCUGUAAUCCCAGCCAUUGGCAGGAGGCAGGAUCACAAACACUAGGUCAUCCUCCACUGCCAUGCGCAGCAAGUACCAGGUCAUCCUCCACUGCUCUACACACCAAGUACCAGGUCAUCCUCCACUGCCAUGCGCAGCAAGUACCAGGUCAUCCUCCACUGCCAUGCACAGCAAGUACCAGGUCAUCCUCCACUGCCAUGCACAGCAAGUACCAGGUCAUCCUCCACUGCCCUACACAGCAAGUACCAGGCCAUCCUCCACUGCCAUGCACAGCAAAUACCAGGUCAUCCUCCACUGCUCUACACACCAAGUACCAGGCCAUCCUCCACUGCCCUACACAGCAAGUACCAGGCCAUCCUCCACUGCUCUACACAGCAAGUACCAGGUCAUCCUCCACUGCUCUACACAGCAUGCACCAGGCCAUCCUCCACUGCUCUACACAGCAAGUACCAGGUCAUCCUCCACUGCUCUACACAGCAAGUACAAGGUCAUCCUCCACUGCUCUACACAGCAUGCACCAGGUCAUCCUCCACUGCCCUACACAGCAAGUACCAGGUCAUCCUCCACUGCCCUACACAGCAUGCACCAGGUCAUCCUCCACUGCCCUACACAGCAAGUACCAGGUCAUCCUCCACUGCCCUACACAGCAAGUACCAGGUCAUCCUCCACUGCCCUACACAGCAAGUACCAGGUCAUCCUCCACUGCCCUACACAGCAAGCACCAGGUCAUCCUCCACUGCCCUACACAGCAAGUACCAGGUCAUCCUCCACUGCCCUACACAGCAAGUACCAGGUCAUCCUCCACUGCUCUACACACCAAGUACCAGGUCAUCCUCCACUGCCCUACACAGCAAGCACCAGGUCAUCCUCCACUGCUCUACACAGCAAGUACCAGGUCAUCCUCCACUGCCAUGCACAGCAAGUACCAGGCCAUCCUCCACUGCCCUACACAGCAAGUACCAGGUCAUCCUCCACUGCUCUACACACCAAGUACCAGGUCAUCCUCCACUGCCCUACACAGCAUGCACCAGGUCAUCCUCCACUGCUCUACACAGCAAGUACCAGGUCAUCCUCCACUGCCCUACACAGCAAGCACCAGGUCAUCCUCCACUGCCCUAUACAGCAAACACCAGGUCAUCCUUCACUGCUCUACACAGCAAGCACCAGGUCAUCCUCCACUGCCCUACACAGCAAGCACCAAGUCAUCCUCCACUGCUCUACACAGCAAGCACCAGGUCAUCCUCCACUGCCCUACACAGCAAGCACCAAGUCAUCCUCCACUGCUCUACACAGCAAGCACCAGGUCAUCCUCCACUGCCCUACACAGCAAGUACCAGGUCAUCCUCCACUGCUCUACACAGCAAGUACCAGGUCAUCCUCCACUGCUCUACACAACAAGCACCAGGUCAUCCUCCACUGCCAUGCACAACAAGCACCAGGUCAUCCUCCACUGCCCUACACAGCAAGCACCAGGUCAUCCUCCACUGCCCUAUACAGCAAGUACCAGGUCAUCCUCCACUGCUCUACACAGCAAGUACCAGGUCAUCCUCCACUGCCCUACACAGCAAGUACCAGGUCAUCCUCCACUGCCCUAUACAGCAUGCACCAGGUCAUCUUCCACUGCCCUACACAGCAAGUACCAGGUCAUCCUCCACUGCCCUACACAGCAAGCACCAAGUCAUCCUCCACUGCUCUACACAACAAGCACCAGGUCAUCCUCCACUGCCCUACACAGCAUGCACCAGGUCAUCCUCCACUGCCCUACACAGCAUGCACCAGGUCAUCCUCCACUGCCCUACACAGCAUGCACCAGGUCAUCUUCCACUGCCCUAUACAGCAAGUACCAGGUCAUCCUCCACUGCUCUACACAACAAGCACCAGGUCAUCCUCCACUGCCCUACACAGCAAGCACCAGGUCAUCCUCCACUGCCCUAUACAGCAAGUACCAGGUCAUCCUCCACUGCUCUACACAGCAAGUACCAGGUCAUCCUCCACUGCCCUACACAGCAAGUACCAGGUCAUCCUCCACUGCCCUAUACAGCAAGUACCAGGUCAUCCUCCACUGCUCUACACAGCAAGUACCAGGUCAUCCUCCACUGCCCUACACAGCAAGCACCAAGUCAUCCUCCACUGCUCUACACAACAAGCACCAGGUCAUCCUCCACUGCCCUACACAGCAUGCACCAGGUCAUCCUCCACUGCCCUACACAGCAUGCACCAGGUCAUCCUCCACUGCCCUACACAGCAUGCACCAGGUCAUCCUCCACUGCCCUACACAGCAAGUACCAGGUCAUCUUCCACUGCCCUACACAGCAUGCACCAGGUCAUCCUCCACUGCCCUACACAGCAUGCACCAGGUCAUCCUCCACUGCCCUACACAGCAUGCACCAGGUCAUCCUCCACUGCCCUACACAGCAUGCACCAGGUCAUCCUCCACUGCCCUACACAGCAAGUACCAGGUCAUCUUCCACUGCUCUACACAGCAUGCACCAGGUCAUCCUCCACUGCCCUACACAGCAUGCACCAGGUCAUCUUCCACUGUCCUACACAGCAUGCACCAGGUCAUCCUCCACUGCUCUACACAGCAAGUUCUGGGCUAGCCCUAGACUACCUCAGACUCUGUCUCAAAAGAAAAAAAAAAAGGAACUGCUCCAACACGGCAGUGUGCUGCCCUAUCUGUCUGGCUCAUACCUGCUUCCUGACAUUCAAGGCCUGUGCCUGACUGAAGAGUGAAUGAAGCAGAACUGACUGCUCUAUACCCUGAGUGAGUAACCUGAGACAGCAAAUUUACUUUGACUAGACACUGAAGAGGAACAGCUGAUUCCUGCCCCCCUCCCUUCUAAAUAAACUGUGGACAUCCACAAACCUAACCCACUUUCUCUAC